ACGACUGGUCUGGCGCGACUUGUGCAUCGGAGGAUGGCGAAAAUACCUUUCUGCAGCCACCUUCCCGGUUCGCAUCGUCUUUCAUAGACUUCUCACAAAAAACAAAACAGCUACAACCGCAACAAGAACAAGGAGGAGGAGGAGAAGUGGAUCGACGUCGUCGACACGCCUCAGGACCGAAACGGGCAUGGGAAGAAGAAGGACCACGAUUGGAUGUACCUGCCAGAACGGCCAAGGACGACGGAUCUGCUCCUGCGUCGGAGGAUAUUUUUUCUGAUAUAGCAAAUAAGCCACCUGCUCUCCUUAAACCAGCAGGGGACGAAGACCCCUUACCCCUUGACUACAUGGAUCCUGUAGCUAUAACAAUGGAUAGUGAACGAGAUGGACAAGAUCAAGAUCAACGGACGUGCGACCACAUGGGAAUCCUUUCCCCUGCGUUGGUCAAGAAAGUCAACAACUGGGUGGAGGAAGGCAAUAUUUCCCAGCUAGUCCGCGCUGCCGAAAAUGACGCGAUACUGAGGUGUUCAUCGCACUACUUCCCAACGAUUCGGAAUCCGGUUAGCGGCAAGGUGGCUCUUCAGGGCCUUCACGACGAGAAAGAGGACGCGCUUCGACGUAUGGUGAACGAGGGCGAGCACUGGGAUAGGUGGAUCAAGAAGUGGAUGCUUCUCAAUCCGGAUUGCAGGGCGAUCUUUGCUGACAAGGGGUUGGCCCCUGGCAUGGCAAGUGCGAAGGUCUCUCUGACGCAGGGCUAUAUGCUUAUGCGUUUCCUCGAGCGAGCCGGGUACUAUGUGACGGCUGCCACUGCUAGGAGCGCUACCGUAGGUUUCUUCCUCCCGCUCUUGAAUAUGGCGUUUAAAGAUGUAAUCCUCCACAUCCUGGAAAGUGCGUCUCCUAUUGCUGCAGAAAGAGAAACUUCUGGUGGAGGUGCUUCUAGUUUUAUCAGUGAAGAUCUUGUUGGCAACGAAGCCGUCGAAACU